UCUCCAGCGCAGGGGGAGAAAGCGAGAGCAAUGACGUAAUGAAAAGAGAGUCCGACAGGAAACCACAAUUCCCAAGAUGCACUUGGAGAAUACCGUGGCCACUGGACGGGGGAAGGGAAGCUGAGAUUGGAGGGAGAAACAAUCAGAAACUGAGAUAUUGUGUUCAUAUGACAGCCCCUUCUCAUCCCUCUGGCCACAUCAGAACUCUAUCCAUGACCCACAUCUCACUGGACACCUGCAGCUCUUGCUUUGGACAUGCGCUGCCGUUCCAUAUGAGGUUGAAGACAUAACACAGCUUUGGCGCAAGAAAAUAAAUCUGCACCUGCACUGGUUGCUCUCGGUGCAUACUGGAUUCAUCUUGAGUGCCAAAGUAAUGAAGUGUCUGGGACAGGGAGAGCCCAGCCCCGAAAAGCAAUGUCAUCAUCCAGCUUCUGUGUACCUCUGAUGGGGCUGAGGAGUGAACCUACUGGCCAAGCAGAUCUGUGGGGAAGAGGAUGGGGGAAACUUGUGUAUUGAUGGAUAUCCAUUUCCUCCCAUCAGCUCUUGUAGACCUGCACAGAUACCCGCACAUCCCUCUCUGUGUGCACACUCAAGGUUAGACUUUGCAGUAGCUAAUAAUACCAGGCUCCCAUCUGCACCACACGACCAUCGCCAUCACACGGAAAGAAAGAAUAUGAUGUGCAGAACAUGGAAGUCUAUUGCCAGUGACAGUUUUGUGGAAUCAUACUGAUGACUGUGGACGUUGAGUUCUCUCUGCGUAUGGGUGGAAAAUUAGGAAAGCUUAGAUCCUUGCAGUCACUACAAAUGAGCACCACAGAAACCAUGGUGGUCCGUGCAUCAGCUCCUCAGCACAUCUCGGUCCACGACUUCAGAAGUCUGUAGAGGCUACGAUCGGGAACACGCGUGCCAACCAACACACUCAUAUGCAAUGGAAGAAGACUUUGAUGUCACAUCCCAUUUUGAGGGUCUGAAUGGGUUGUCCUGUGAAUGUAAACCAUUAGAGGAGAUCACCAAUGGACACUCCAAUCAUAAGCCUGUCAUGAAUGGACUGAUUAUUGGUCAUAACAUCAAAGACCGCACCAAUGGCAGUGCACCACUCGGAUCCCUGCCGAUCUCAGCACUGAAGCAGAAUGGUCUCCUGCAGACCCUGGUGGCUGGAGGUGACCAACCUAAACCUACAGCAGAGGAAAAUGUGGAGUUGGAAAAGGCCAGACAGGAGUGGGACGCUCUGGAGAACGUCCAACCAGCUCUCACUGAGGACUCAAACCCAACCCCGCUCAUCUCCUUCAAUGAAGCUCUGCAGUACUUCCAGACCGCAGACCUCGGGGACUUGCUAAAGAACAUCCAACCAACCAUUCGCAGGACCGGUCUGGCUGCUAUCACACACUUCCUCUUUGGACCUCCACGACUGCACAGGGAACUCUUGGAGGAGAGGGAUCUGGUCUUUGCCAUUGCACAGUGCCAUGUGGACAACAGCCAAACAGUCCACAUGCGUGUCCUCCAGACCAUUUAUAAGAGGCUGAUUGGCAGCAGGCUGGACUGUCCUCGCUUUGGGGCGCACUGGGAAAACAUCGGCUUUCAGGGUACAGACCCGGCUACUGACCUACGUGGUACUGGUUUCCUGGGACUGAUGCAUACUCUAUACUUUGUCAUGGACCCAGAGACUCUGCCACUGGCUAGAGACAUAUACAAGUUAUCACAACACCCUAUUCAGAACUUUCCAUUCAGUGUGAUGUCAAUCAACAUGACCCGCAUCGCUCUACAAGUACUCAGAGAGGAGGCCCUGUCCAAGGAAUGCAAUCGUCGUCAGCAAGUGGUCGGUGUACUGAAUGAGUUCUACGUUGCCACGUAUCUGCACCUAUACCAACUGUGGAAGACCCAACAGAAGACCAUUGCUGACUCUGGCUUUGUACUGAAAGAAGUGGAGCUGUUUGCCAAAAAGAACCCCAAGCAGAUGCUACGCCGACUAGAGGUCUUCCUGAAAGAGAGGCCGGCAGUUGGAAUCCCCCGUGGGACAUCAUCAGACCCUCAGGCCCAACAGCCCUCUCCCAGUCUGGGGGAACGAGGGGCCAGAGUCGGCGCGGCACAGGGAAGCAAGGGAAAGGAGAUGCACUUCACAGGAGUGUGUGAUCUACCGCCAGACAUGGAGGGAGAGGCCAGACUCAUCUAAGCUUGACUCUGUAUGAGUGAGUGAGUGAGUGAGUGAGUGAGUGAGUGAGUGAGUGAGUGAGUGAGUGCGCGCGCAUGUGUGAGCAAACCUGCUUAUGGGUAUAUCUAUUAGUGUAAUUGUGAGUGGCUUACUCAGAGAGCUAGAAGAUCCCCACCAGAUCCUGAUUUAGGACCUGCGAUCUGAACCUUUUCAAACACUUCCACUCCUUCCCUUGCUGCUGGGGUGUUGCACUUUGAUCCCGAUUAUGCUUUGGGGAGGAUCUUUCAGAGUUAUAUUUUGUUUUUCAAAUUAAUUUAUUUUUUUUAAACCGAGAACAUAAAACAGUCUAAA